GGGCGGGAGGAUGAACGCGCAGGCCUGUGGGUAACAGGAGGGAAAAGAUGUCGGACGAUGAGAGCCAGGAACAGACCAUCGCCGAGGACUUGGUGGUCACCAAGUACAAAAUGGGUGGAGACAUCGCCAACCGUGUUCUGAAGAUGGUAGUGGAUGCAGCAAUGGCAGGAGUGUCUGUUGUAGCCCUGUGUGAGAAAGGUGAUGAAAUGAUCAUGGAAGAAACAGGAAAAAUUUUUAAGAAGGAGAAAGAAAUGAAAAAAGGAAUUGCCUUUCCCACCUGUAUAUCAGUGAACAACUGUGUUUGCCACUAUUCUCCUCUCAAGAGUGACCCUGACUACAUCUUGAAGGAGGAAGAUCUUGUUAAAGUUGACUUGGGCGUUCAUGUAGACGGAUUCAUUGCUAACGUGGCACACAGUUUUAUUAUUGGUGUUGAUAAGGUAUGUUCAUUUUCUGAGCACGAGCAAUUAAUGAACUGUGAAUCUACAGUGAUGUCACCAGAGUUUAUUUUUGACAGCACAUCUAAUACUCAAGUGACAGAAGCGUGGAACAAGAUUGCUCAGUCCUUUAAUUGCACUCCAAUAGAAGGUAUGCUAUCACAUCAACUGAAACAACAUGUUAUUGAUGGGGAGAAAACAAUCAUUCAGAACCCUACAGAUCAGCAAAAGUUUGUCGUUGUUGUUUCUGCUUUUCCAGGAGAAUAUGUGGCUCAGUUCAAGUUCACUGUGCUGCUCAUGCCAAAUGGCCCAAUGAGAAUCACCAGUGGGACAUUUGAAAAUGAGCUGUACAAGUCUGAAUUGGAUGUGAAGGACCCUGACUUAAAGGUAAGUCCUGUAAAGAAGCCUCAUUUAAAACUGAUCUUCAUUUUCAGUUCCUUUGCAAUCAGGCAGACUCAAAAUUGAACAAAAAAAAUAAUC